CUAGCAAGCACAUCCAAUGACACGACAAUCAGCACGAUGCACUGGAAAUCAUAUCCCGUCGAAUUUGAUGGCGAGUCUUAUAAGGUGUUCGAUACCGUUGGACUCGAGGAACCCCAGCUGGGAAUCCCACAAUUCCUCGAUGCUGUCAAGAAUGCCUAUAAGCUCAUCCAGGAUUUGGAGAGACAAGGGGGCAUUGAUCUGCUUCUGCUUUGCAUGCGCGCAGGCAGACUCACUUCCACGCUUCAAAGCAAUUACCGGCUCUUUCACGAAUUUCUCUGUGACAAGAAGGUUCCCACCGUUGUAGUGAUCACGUACCUCGAAAAUGAGGUCGAAGACAUGGAUGACUGGUGGAAGAGAAACGAAGAACUUUUCCAUGACCAGGAGGUCUAUGUCGAUGGUCAUGUGUGCAUCACCGCCAUCGAAGGUAAUUCUCCACACCGGCAUGAAGAAUCGCGCACCACGAUCCGCAACAUUCUCAAGGAGUUCGCUGCUGACGGACAGAAGCAAGCAUGGAUAGGAGGAGAAAACCUGUUCGUGUCGUUCAUGCGUAAGCUGAAGGGGCUCCUUGUUGGGAAUGUGAAUGUAAAGAAGGACAUGGUCUCUCGCCUUACCAAGCGUUGCGGUAUGUCUCGGGAUGUCGCAAAAAGGUUGGCUGAUCGGAUCAAG